UCGCAUUGGGCCGUCGUGUCUAAUUCGUGGCCCACAUGUCUUCUUAAUGUUGAGAGAAAAGCGUCGAGAAAUGGGGAAAGAAAAGAGCUUUUCUUGUGGUGUUGCAGAGAGAGAGAGAGAGAGAGAGAGAUUUUGGUUGUUGGAUCGGUCGUUUAUCAUCCGUCUUCAUCGAGGGAGCCCAGCCAUUCAAAGGCAUUGUUUCUCGCCGGAAAAUAAGGGUUAGGGUUCUUCUUUCUUUGCUGCGAUUCUUCGGCGGGAGGAAAGAGCUGGUGUAGAGAAGCGAGUGCGGGCGCAUUUUGAUCCAGGAAAUCAGGUCUUCUGAGGAAGAGGAGGAUCUGAGGCUUUUUUUAUUUCAUAAUGAGCGCUUCCAGAUUCAUCAAGUGCGUGACUGUGGGUGAUGGUGCGGUUGGCAAGACCUGCCUCCUGAUCUCUUACACCAGCAACACCUUCCCCACGGAUUAUGUUCCCACUGUUUUCGACAAUUUCAGUGCCAAUGUUGUUGUCAAUGGGAAUACUGUUAACCUUGGGUUGUGGGAUACCGCCGGGCAAGAGGAUUAUAACAGACUAAGACCUCUGAGUUACCGCGGAGCUGAUGUUUUUAUUUUGGCAUUUUCUCUCAUUAGUAAAGCUAGCUAUGAAAAUGUUUCCAAAAAGUGGAUUCCAGAGUUGAAGCAUUAUGCUCCUGGUGUGCCUAUUGUUCUUGUUGGAACAAAACUUGACCUUCGGGAGGACAAGCAGUUUUUUGUUGAUCAUCCUGGUGCCGUACCAAUUACCACUGCUCAGGGAGAGGAGCUAAGGAAAAUGAUUGGUGCACCUUCUUAUGUUGAGUGCAGUUCAAAAACACAGGAGAAUGUAAAAGCAGUAUUUGAUGCUGCCAUAAAAGUCGUGCUAGCGCCCCCGAAGCAGAAAAAAAAGAAGGGCAAGGGCCAGAAGGCUUGUUCUAUAUUGUGAUUUGCUGGAGAUAUAUGACUUACCACUGCUGUUCUCUUUUGUACCCUUCAUUCCAGAGUAAGGGUAAGGGGCUCUAAUGUCAUUUCGCCGGGCUCCGGUUUUAGGGUCCCAGCUGCAAUAUUGUGUAGGACUCCAUUUUGAUUUGCUUUAAUUUCUGUAUUGGCUCAAAACAUUUUAGGGAAACAAAUUUGCACAGUUUAUGUUGCUUUUACUUUUCCUGCAUUUGUAUACUCAAAUUCCUCUCUAUUUUUUUCUUCUUUCCACUAUAUAAUGGAUAGGAUCUGUUUGGUAUUGUAG